GGGCGGCCCCGGCGCGGCGGCGGCGGCGCCCAUGGCCGGGCCGCGGGAGCUGGAGCGGUGGCUCAAUAAAGCCACUGACCCAAGUAUCCCUGAGGAAAACUGGGAAUGCAUCCAGCAGUUCUGUGACCAGGUGAACACAGACAUUGAAGGCCCAUCACUUGCACCAAGGCUGCUGGCGCAUAAAAUACAGUCACCUCAAGAGAUGGAAGCUCUGCAUGCUCUAACGGUGCUGGAGACCUGUGUGAAUAAUUGUGGUGAAAGGUUUCACAGUGAAAUAGCAAAAUUCAGGUUUCUGAAUGAAUUGAUAAAAGUGCUUUCCCCAAAGCACCAUGGAACCUGGUCUUCAGAAAAAGUCAAGUCAAGAGUCACAGAAAUAAUAUUCAGUUGGACAGUUUGGUUUCCUCAGGAAGUUAAAAUCCAAGAUGCUUAUCAGAUGCUGAAGAAACAAGGGAUUGUAAAAGAAGAUCCCAAAUUACCAGAAGACAAAAUUUUACCUCCCCCUUCUCCAAGACCUCAGAAUUCUAUUUUUGACACAGAUGAAGAGAAAUCCAAGCUCUUAGCAAGACUUUUAAAGAGCAACCAUUCUGAAGACCUGCAAGCUGCCAACCGCCUUAUCAAGAGCAUGAUUAAAGAGGAACAAGAAAAAUCAGCUAAAGUUUCUAGAAGAGUGAAUACAAUCAGAGAGGUUUCUGAGAAAGUUAAACUCAUGGAUGAAUUACUGGACAGCUACAAGAGACAAGAAUUAUCCAAAUCUGACCGUGACAUUCUACAGAAUCUGUUUGAACGCUGUGAGAAGCUCAGGCCACUGCUCUUUCGCCUUGCCAGUGAAACAGUUGAUGACGAUGAGGCUUUAGCUGAAAUGCUGCAGGCCAAUGACAAGCUCACACAGGCACUUGGACAGUACAAGCGGAUUGUAGCCAGCCAUGAAGACAGUGGUGGAGGUUCAGGAGCCAACUCCACUGAUGCACCAGCAUGUCAGAUACCCCCAAGACGGAUGAAGAGCUAUACACUGAUUGACUUCUCAGAACUGGAGGCAACAUCCCAGUCUCCCACAGACCAAUUUGCAAAGAUAAUCCCUGCCUCCCGGCACAGCAGCACGACCUCAACCUCUACCUCUCUGCUUGAUGAGGAGUUAACAUCACUAGAUUUCAUCAACUCUCCCGUUGUACAGAAACCACCACAUGAUUUUGGCUUAGCAGAGGCUGCUGUACACAAUGGAUAUAGUGAAAUUGUAAGUGCCAUGCAAACAGUGGGACUGAAGGAGAGCUGGGAAGACAGCUGUUUAGAGAAGAAUGAAUUUCAGGGCCUGGCUGAGCAGCUAUCUCCACCUUCCAGGAUGAAGACAUUAUCCUUGGAUUUAUCACCAAUGAAAUUGCACUUUCCAGAUCUUGCAGAUAGCUCAGUGGCAGAAACUUCGUUCUCCAGCCUAGGCUAUGAGCUGAAGCCUGCUGCCUCUUUGCAUCCAGCCUCCCAUGAUGCUUCUCUAGCAAACCUUUUUGUCCCUUUAACUUCAAUUACACCGAGCAGUAUCUGUCCACUUACUGUGUAUGAUCAAAAUGGUUUCAAGGCUAUGCUCCACUUCUCCAAAGACCCAGCUCCUGGCCGACCAGAUGUGUUAGUGAUGGUUCUUUCCAUGCUGAGCACAUCAUCUCAACCAAUUAAGGACAUAAUGUUCCAGGCUGCAGUCCCAAAGACUAUGAAAAUAAAGUUACAACCAGCGUCUGGUUCUGAGCUUCCUGCCUUCAGCCCUUUUCUUCCUCCAGCAGUGAUAUCCCAAGUCCUGUUGCUAGCCAAUCCACACAAAGAUCCCAUCCAACUAAGAUAUAAAUUAAUGUUCGUGCAAGGUGUCAAGCCCUUCAGUGAAGUGGGAGAGGUGACUGGCUUCCCAGAAGCAGAGCUCUGGGGCAGAAGCUGAACUUCGUGAGCCUUGGACAUUGCCAUAUUGCCUUAUAGCAGUGGAUGGGGAGUGAAGGCAAGGGGAGGGAUUGCGUGACAGGAAUGCCAGCCUGGGUUCAUUAACAGCACCUUUUCUCAGGUUCUGUUGUCUCCUCCUUGCUCUUGGUUUCUUUGCACAUGUCUGGCAGGAGGAGCGUAAAGUAGCUGCUUCUGCACAAGCCUUUUUAUAUAGCUGACCCUGCUUUACAGGAGAUAGUAUUCUGCAGAGCCCUGCAGUUUGGGAGCCUGGUUGCUUCUUUCAUUCAAAUGUUUCCUGCUGCUUUCUGGGCCAGUUUUCCAUGUUUCACUUUACAUUUUUUUUCUGAGUGAAAAAGGAAAAGAAUUAUCAAGAAUCAGACCUUUUGCAAGACUGCUUAGCACCAGGAAAGAGUCCAUGCCAGGUAUCUACCCACUGUGUUUUCACUGGUGUCUGUAUGCUAAUGUGCAGAUAAGAACAUAAGAAAUGGUGAGACUGGGCUAUGCAGGCUCAGGUGAAUGUGGUUUAUAUGGCCAUGUACAAAGUAGAGAGUAAAUAGAGGAGGACUUUUGGGCCAAUCCAUGAGAGAAACCUGCCGAGCAUUACCAGCUUCUGUGUCAGUAGGACCUAGCUCCAAACUUGCUCUUGCCAUGGCUGCUUCUUCUGGGCCUUCUCAGCUCACAAGAUGUUUCUGGGGCAGCCAGGGGAUUUCUCCUUGAUAAAGCCGCUUGCUGUAUGUGCGCUGAGCGGGUUUCAUGACUGCAUAAAACCAAAGCUGUUCUGAGAUUUUA